UACUUAAACGGCAAAUAUUUAAACAAUUAAAGAAGAUGGAUAGUUUACGACAUUUUCAAACAUUUGCGUGGUGUAAACCGGAUUGGUGCUACCCGAGUAUGGGCAAACAGACAAAUGAACUACUAAGGCAAUGCACAGAACUGCCUGCAGUCAAACUAUCAGAUGAUGUGGAGGAGAUUAUAAAGAAGAGCAAAGCAUUUCCGAUAUCAUUUCCUAUUGAGACGGUCAGAUUAGAAAAAUUACAAGUACGGAGGUCUAUUGAAAAGUUGAAGAGAAAUAUAAUCUCUACUUACCCUCUUAUACAUGAGAGGGUUCUUCUUCUUAUGACACAUUUUCUUAUAUAUAAGAGAGAGUUUGGUACAAGUAUUGAGAAAUUGUUAUACAAAGAGAUGACAGUUCCCGAGCUCAUUGAUAGGAUAUUGAAGAAACGUGCAAUCACGUUCAUGGGAAGACAUGAUACGUACAAACUUAUCACUGGAGAAGAAGGUAAUGGGGGUUGGGAAACGGUAGGUACAUUACAACAGAAGCCACCAUUAGUGUUAGAGAACUGUCUAAGUUAUGACGAGAUGAAACUUGCCUCUAUGGUAUAUAUCAGUGGAUAUACCGAAUGUAUAAAUGAUGGUGAAAGAACUAACUCCGGAGUUGUUAAAGAAGAAAAUGCUGAAGAAGAUGCUAUUAUUAUAGGUCUCAUAGGACCUCGUUUCCAACGUGCAAACCGCAUGGAAUACGAAGACAUUAUAAUAACGGACCAACAGAAUUCCCUUGAAAAUGGUUACGGAGAAGAAGUAACUCCUACGACCUGUCUAAAUGUAUUGAAAACUACAUACGUUAGGAAUAACCAGUCAGCCAAACAUAUGUGGAGACAAAUAUGGUCUGAAUUCUAUCAAGUACACAGUUAUACUUAUGAAGAACUUACUUCGUAUGUGAAUAUUCAAGAUAAAUCAGAAGAGAAGAGAUAUACAGAUAGAUAUGUGAAGACAAAUAAUAAUUUUAUUUUUGAUAAUGAAGUGUAUUACAAGAGGCUGUGCGUGUUGGCUGAAGUGGCUUUGUUAGAAUCUGAACACAGAGCCAAGGAAGCGGGAACAUUUGCCUUCCUUAAUGUUAUUGGAUGUGGUUUAGGUGUAUGGAUGAUAUCAGGUCAUCAAACGGACGUGUAUAUUCUGACAUUUUUAGAAAGGAUACGAUCUUUUCUAAAGAAAGAUAUGCUGGACCAUGUGUCAGAUGUCAACUUUGCCUUCUUACAUCCCAGUCAAGGUAUAUUAGCUCUGUUCACAAAUUCUUCUGACGUGGAAACAUCUACUGAAAAGAGGAUAUUCUUUGAAAGUAAAAGACAUCCAAAAGGUGGUAUUAACGUACAAUUAGAAAACCGUCAGCCAUCAUCAAAGUUGUCAGGAGAACACGCGGGCAAAUUACUAGUAAUCACAUACCCCUGGGACGGGAAUGCACAUCCAGGGAAUGAAUUCUGGCUAGGCAGUCUGAAAACAUCAGGCGACCCAGCGGCAGCUUGUUCAACACAAGUAUCAGAGUUACACAACGCACACAUCAACCCCGCAGUCUGCGGACACAAUACAAGAGUGACAGGUAGGUAUGGAUUGAAGACUUUGAAGGAAUAUGCCGCGGCUUUGACUACUUAAAUGAUGGUGAGUUAGAGUUUAUAGUAUUUAUUAUAUGUUUUAAACUCGAAUGUGCACAAUAACUAUGAUUUUUUAGCCGACUUCAAAUAGAAGGAGGUUC